AUGCGGAAGGACACUACGAUCUUGGCCGUGCAUCCAGAGACAGGCGCCCUCCAGUUUGCUGCAGUGAAGGGCAAGGACAUCUUUCUCAACGAGAGCGAGGCAGUGGCCUACCUGAAGGCCAACUACCAGCUGAAGAACGCCACGGACAUGACGCUGCCCGGAGGCCAUGGCGUGUUCACAAUCAUGGAAGCCAAAUGGAUGAAGAUGGAUCUCAACUACCUGGGCUCACCCAACAAGGUUGAAGCCAGGAACAUGGAGGUCAUGCAGGACUUCCCACUCGAGGGCCUCCACUUCUAUUGCGACACUUUCGACAUCACCAGACCCUAUCCCUCGCCCUAUCCCGUCGACCAGGAGGGACUUCGCAUGUGGUGUGUGGUCAUGCUCCAGGGCGUGGCGUUGACCAAGACGAUCCCUGUGGCAUCUCACAAACCAGCCUUGCACCUUGGAGUGCUCACGCGAAAGAGUACCAUCAACGCCGGCACUCGGUACUACGCCCGUGGGCUCAACAAAGCCGGCGGGCCCGGUAACGAAUCGGAAUGCGAGUUGCUGAUGUGGACCACCACAGCCCACUCGGACCUGGUAUGUACUCUGUUCCCCCUCGGCUACUGCACCGUUGUCCCCGACCAGUAG